UUGCUGGUUGCUCUACCAGCGGCUGGUUCUCAGGUCGCCACGCAGGUCCCGCCCUCUCCGGGAGGAAUUCUCUCAAUCCCCAUUUCGCGUCAGGAAGUGCCUGGGGAAUGAACGUACCUCUACAGAACAGCAUGCUUUCCCUGUACCUGAAUGGAGUCAUUUGGCACUUAUGUAACGACCCCUCUGCAUGGCUCCAGGCCUCAAUGUGCCACUGCGUGGAUGCCCAGGCUAUGUCGCAUGCAUUAGGCAGGCAGAUGCCCAAACUCUCUGACAAGAAGCUGUGCGCAGAUUCAGAAUGCAGCCAUCCAAUACUCAUUGCUCGCGCCCGGGAGGAUUUCUACCCCCAAGACUGCCGCUUCAUCCCCAUUCGCAGGGGUCAGGUCAUCUAUGUGUAUGCCAUGCUUAAGGACCGUGGUAAUCUCUUCUGGGCAGGCAGUGUUCAAGGUUCCUACUAUGGCGAGCAAGAGGCGCGUCUUGGGCAUUUCCCGAGCAGCGUCGUAGAGGAAACCCAUGCACUUAUGCCGGCCACAGAGGAGGUCAAAACUGACAACUGGGACUUUUACUGCAACUGAAUGCGGAUUUGAAUCUCCACAAGCUGACAGUUGACAACGUUGACAGAUCUGCGACCGGAUUCCUAUACGCAUUAUUCCUACGCAUUUAAAUGGACCAGUGCAAGCGGUUUUCUUAAUAGCCAAGUUUUCGCUUUUACCUAGCCAACAUGCAACGUAAGGACAUAGCCUGAGUAGUGACUGGGUGUGCAGAGCGUGUAUAAUUUGUAGAAAUAUCCACAGUGAAUCCUUUAAACAGACAACUUUAAUUUGGAUAGGCUAUACAAAAACAAUUGUACGCAAUUACAUGGUAGUAGCAAGGGUGUUCCCUCUCUAGUUCAAGCGGACCAAUUAUCACCAUUAUUGCAUUUUGAAUGGAAUAAACGUAAACAAAGCUGCUCUCAAA